CGGGAGCGGCCUCUGCGGCGGUUGCGAGCUGGAUCGCGAGACAGAAAUGAGGGACGCUCUCUCUCUAAGGCUUCCGAACGCAUCUUGCUUCCGAAGGAAACGAGAAUAUCGAGCAUUGGUGACCUUCCUCCCGCCCAACUGUCACAAAGUGUUGGUUCUUGCAGUAGUCUGAUUCACUGUGAUAUGGUACGAUCAAUGCACCAAUGAAUGCCCAGGCUGGCAUCUCUGUGUUCUCUGCAGGUGUCGGCAUACCUGGCUUGCUGGGGGCUGGACGACGUCGACAUCGUCCCCGAUGAGGGCGUGAGUGCUGUGAGUCGGCAGCUGUUGGAGGGCUGCAUCCGCCGCAGCUUCACCGACGUCAGCCAAGUCACAUGGCUGAUACAUCAGGGGGCCGACCCGAGAGCCACCGGCGGCCUGCGCCGCCGCGGCAGCACACUACUUCCGACUACUACGCGAUACAGCUGCCUGCUUUUCACCAUCGACAGCCCAACGAACUACCCGUUUCUUUAUGCAAAGGACGUGUAUUAUUUCCGAGAAGAUGAUGAUGAUGAUCCAGACACCUCUCGGCGGCCCGUCGUCUUUCCGCCCUGGUCCUCCCGUCAGCUGCAGCGUGACAUCCUCAGUGCACUCAUCGACGGCGGUGCGGACGUCAAUGGGGGCAGAGUGCUCUCAUGGGACAGGCCCAUCCGAGUGGCGAUUCGUGCGGGCGACCUGACGGCUGUGGAAGUCCUCCUGGAGCGGCAGGCCAACGUGCGUGGAGUCCAGGACCAGGUGAUGCAGCUUCCCUGCCACGUUCCCAGCCACCCCACUCGUGAGUACGAGGCUGCCCUCAUGGGUGUCUAUCGCCGGCUCAUCCAACACGACAGCACACUCGCAGCCGAGCGGGUCGGUAGAGACAGUCUGGUCCAUUUGGCAGCCAAGGCCCCCUUCUCCCAACAAUUCAUCGACCAGUACCUGACCCUCAUCACCAGCCAUGGAGCCGAUAUGACGGCAACAAACCGCCUGGGCAGGACGCCACUGCACGAGGCAGCAUGGUGUGGGUCCCGGUGUGUGGCUCAUUGGCUGUGCAGCAAGCUGACAACCGAAGACAUCAACAGGGGAAUGCCGAAUCAGCCCGACAUGACACCCCUCGCCUUCGGUGCCGAGGCUCUCUACAUCCAUAUCCGAAACCAGCAGCAGUCACGAAGGCGGUGGCGGCUACGACUGAUCCGCCAGUACAAGAUAACCAUCCGUGUGCUGCUGCAGAGCGGGGCGGCGCCAUCGAUUGCCCUCAUGCCCACCGUCACCCAGGAGCAGCGCAGUUGCCGUCAAGUGGUGCUGCCCGAAUAUGCCACAGUGCUGAGCGAGCUGCCGGAUGACAUCAUGUCGGCCAUCAACGGCGCCCUCGCCCCCCAGCGCGACCACUCGCUGCUUCUCGCCCGUCUGCUGCCCCUCGCCCCCCACCACGACGGCGCCCACCCCCACCCCUCCCCAUCCAACAUGGCAUUCGGCCCACACGAGGCAGAGGCCAUCGCAUGGAAGAUCGGCGCCUUCCUCCACGAGCCCCCCGCUGCGGUGGCGCUCCUCGACAAGUACCUCCCUGGCGACUCGCUGCUGAGGCGCCGCGUGGGUGCGGCUGUCGGCCACUUCGUCAAGUCGGCGGCAACCCAGACGAGCAGCAACAGGGAGGUGGUGGGCGGCAUGGCCAGUGUGGGCGGCGUGGUGGUGCGUGUGCCGUUGCAGUGCUUCGCCGUGAGGGGCAGUGGGCUGACGGGUGUGCGAGAGGUGGUGCACCGGGCCCGGCUGGACGAGGCGGUACUGCAUGGCGCGCAUGGUGUGGUCAAGGGCUUCAACGAGCAUCUGGGCGACCAGGACUGCCAGUUCGAGUGGGGCCAGCUGGGGCGAAUCGACAGGCAGGCCGGCCUGUUUGUGUCGCUGGGCAUCGAAUGAUGCCAUUUGUGGUGGAAUCGGCCGACGACCCCACUCAUACCCAAG